CCUAGGACAACCUGCUGACCUUAACUCCUCUACAAAAAAAUCUGUGCAUCCAGCCACUGAGAACUCCAAGGAAACAGCAGUAGUCUAAAAGAUGAAGUAACUGGGACUCAGGAAGGUCAGCUACUGACCUCAAGUGUAAGGAAAUGGCAUUCAGAUUCGGCCAGCAUCUUAUCAAGCCCUCUGUGGUGUUUCUCAAAACGGAGCUGUCCUUUGCUCUUGUGAAUAGGAAACCGGUUGUACCAGGACAUGUUCUCGUGUGCCCACUGCGGCCAGUGGAGCGCUUCCAAGAUCUGCGUCCUGAUGAAGUGGCCGAUUUGUUUCAAGUGACCCAGAGAGUCGGGACAGUGGUGGAGAAGCAUUUCCAGGGGACCUCUCUGACUUUUUCCAUGCAGGAUGGCCCCGAAGCCGGACAGACUGUGAAGCACGUUCAUGUCCACGUUCUUCCCAGGAAGGCUGGAGACUUUCGCAGGAAUGACAGCAUCUAUGAUGAGCUCCAGAAACAUGACAAAGAGGGAGUGGACUCCCCAGCCUCCUGGAGAUCAGAGGAGGAAAUGGCGGCGGAAGCUGCAGCUCUGAGGGUCUACUUUCAAUGACAGGCAUGAAAGUAACUCAAACAAAUCCCAAGGCAUAAGGAAAUGGGCCUCGUUCUCUAGGACUCCGCGGCAUUGGAAAUGAAGCUAAGCAGACUUUAUUACAUCCUGCGAUUCUGCAGCCUUUUGCGAAGCAUCUUAUUGCACUCGUGGAAGCCACUGGGGUUAUGUUUCAAUCAUGAUGACUGACAGGCUGGCUUCAAAACCAUGGCAUCCACAACCUUGCCACACGUUUCUCUUCACGCUAUGUACUUAGAAUAGAACGCUUCUAAAUUGCCCCUUAGCCUGGGUGAAAA